GUUUUGAAACAUGAUGAGAGAUUUUGUAUUUCAUGUUUUAAUUAAAUCUCGUUAUCUGAUCAGCGAUGAAGACGUUUGAUGAAAAUGUUCAUAUUAUGAAAUUUUCAUAGUCCAGAUAAGAAAAGCAACAACAUCUAUUCAAUAAUAAUAUAUAAUUUAAUACACAAAGCAAAUAACAAUAAUAAGAAGUAUUGAUAAAAAACGUAUUAUCACAAUAUUGGUGUUUAGUAACCGGUCAGCGAUCAUUCCAUUCAGUCUGUCAGGAACAACCGUCACGCGAACACGGCGAGCUCGAGUUUCAUUCAGAAUGUCAAAAGUUCUAUCGUUUUUAAAAAACAAGGUCUCGGUAGAACCGGUGGGCUUUCUUUUUUUUAUAACUAUAAUAUUUUCAAGCAGCCUGAGUACGAACUUGCUGCUGUACAAAGCGUGCGAUCCGUCUGGGACGAUUAACAAUCGAGUGGGCGCUAGAUGUGAUCGAGAAACCGAAGUUCAACACCUGGUGGCACCCAUAAACGGAUGGAAGGGUAUGGUUAACCAGAUCGUUCCGACGGUGCUGACUCUAUUUGCGGGGACGUGGAGUGACCUCCAUGGCCGCCGUCGUCGACCGCUGAUCAUGGGACCUAUUAUAGGCCAAAUAAUUUCCGACACGGUGUCCGUGUACUGUACGCUACACUGGUCAUUGUCGCCGUGGCUGACUGCAGUCUUCCAAGUCAUUCCUCAAGCUUUUUCUGGCGGCGCCCCAUUGAUGUUUAUUGGAAUUUUCGCGUACGUGGCGGACACUUCGACUGAAGAAUGGCGCACAGUGAAGUUCGGUAUGGUCACGUGCGUGAUAUUCGUCGGGGGCAUACUGGGCAUGCUCAUUUACGGGUAUGCGGUGGUUUUAAUGGGCUUCCAGUAUGCAUACUUGCUGUCCAUUUCGAUGGGCAUUUCGACAUUAAUUUUAGCGUCCAUGUUUAUUAAAGACACGGCAGUGGAAUAUCACAAACAGCCGUUCAUACGAGACAUAAUGAACACGAUGAACCCAAUGACUGUCUUUCGCUCGUGCUGGCAAGUGAUGAGCAAAGCUCGGGACCGACAUGUCACACUAGUCUUGUGGUUGACAAUUUUCUUCUGCGCUCCACUUGCGACAGUGCCCCUUGAAGGUGAAGUAUCAAUUACGUACUUGUUCUUUCGAAACAAAUUUCACUGGAAUGAAGUCGACUUCAGUAUAUUUAAUGCGUUUCAAAUGGCUAUCAUUUUAGGAGGUUCAAUAUUUUCAUUGAGCAUUCUUAGUCACAAACUUAAAUUGAACGAUGCAUUAAUAGGACUGAUAGCGUCAGUUUUUGAUCUUAUGGCAAGUAUAGGUUUCUUUUUAGCAAACGAACAAUGGCAGGUACUUUUAGUGCCACCAUUAGAAAUGUUUCGUGGAGCUGGAUUAGCAAUUACUGGAUCAAUAGCAUCAAAAUGUGUAGAUUCCGAUGAACUAGGUUCGAUGAAUUCGAUUAAGUUGUUAGUAGAAAGUUCAGUGAAAGGAGCUUUUUUGCCUAUUUAUAACACUGUUUAUAAUAAAACGUUAGAAACAAUGCCUAGUGCAUUCUUUCUCAUAAGUUCACUGUUGACAUUUCCUUUGGUGUUUUUGUUUAGUGCUGUGUACUUGUUAACUCGUACUCCUAACUAUUCUGCUAGCAGAGAAGAACUUACCAAAACUAAUUAUCCAAGAACAAAUUAUAUAUUGGACGUUAAACCGAUCAAUGACGGAGAUAUAGUCGACAAAAAAUACUAAAAACAUUAAUUUAUUUUGAAGUUUGUCUAAAAAUGUGCGAUCAUAUUGCAAAUAUCGAAACGACAUACUUAUUUUGACUAUGUAUUGUAUACUAUGUCUUUACUCUUGAUGAGAUCGAAAUUGUCAAGAAGCACAUUAUAUGUUGACUUAAAAAUCAUUCAAAUAGUUUUUUUAAUCACAGUAAUAUUGAAAGUAAAAUAGAAAACUUUAAAGUUACCAGUUUAAAAAUUAAUUAUUGGUCUCAUUUUAUUUCAAGUAUACUACUAUUUUAAUUUUUAUUAUAAUUAAAGUAAAUGUCUAAUUAUUCGCUGAAAUGUAUAAAUAAUUUACUAUGUAAAGAUGUGUAAU